AUGUCGUUCUGCCUAGAUAACGGGCCGAGCUCGCCCUUGAGCAGUCCCAUCCCUUCAGACGCGUCCGAUUCAGAGGUUUCUCUUCUUUCUCGGUCACCUACACCUCCCAGCGACACGGACCGCUCGUUCGCCAAACGGCGCCCGUACCUGUCGCCCUCUUCUUCGCGUCGAUCAUCCACCAAGACUUCUCCUGUGCCAGAAGACAUGCCCUCGCCGUCAUCCAGCAACGACGAUGGCGCGCCCCCUCGCAAGAAGAGAAAGCUUGCAGACCCCAAGGAGCGCACUACCGAGCGCCUCGACCUCACCAACGCGGAGAUCGAUGAGGACGAGCAGCCGCAGCUACAGCGCUUACUCAACGUUCUCCACAAGAAGCGCAAGAUUGUGGUUAUCGCUGGCGCAGGAAUCUCCGUGUCGGCUGGCAUUCCCGACUUCCGAUCAGCGACAGGUCUGUUCAACAGCCUGAAGAAGGAGCACAAACUCAAGUCCUCGGGCAAGGAUCUUUUCGACGCGUCUGUCUACCAAGAUGACAACUCCACAUCGACAUUCCACGACAUGGUACGCACUCUGUCGCAACACACAAAGUCUGCACAGCCCACUGCUUUUCAUCAUCUCCUCGCAACACUAGCCCAGGAAGGCCGGCUCAUGCGACUGUAUACCCAAAAUGUCGACGGCAUCGACACGUCGCUGCCACCGCUGAGCACCCAGAUUCCCUUCCCCAAGAAGGGACCUUGGCCCAAGACCGUUCAGGUACAUGGUGGCCUCGAUUACAUGGUUUGCUCCAAGUGCCAUGACCUAGCGCCAUUCGAUGCCGACAUGUUCAGUGGACCAACACCGCCCCCAUGCCCCACGUGCGUUGAAAACGACAACGUUCGCCUGGUGGCAGACAAGCGUAGUCACGGCAUCGGGAGACUUCGCCCGCGCAUGGUACUCUACAACGAGCACAAUCCCGACGACGAAGCGAUUGGAUCAUGCGCAGCUGCCGAUAUGCGUUUGCGCCCUGACGCGGUCAUUGUAGCAGGAACUACUCUGAAGGUACCUGGUGUUCGCAGGAUCGCCCGUGAAAUGUGCAAGAUCGUAAGGGACAGAAAGGACGGCGUUGCAGUCUGGAUCAACAACGACCCGGAGCCAUUGGGCAAGGAACUCGAAGACGUCUGGGACCUAGUGGUCAAGGGACCCUGCGACGAGGUCGCGCGUCACGCCAACAUGCGCAAGUGGGAUGACCUAAUGGACUACAAGGAGGUUACCGACGCCGAUGUGAGCAAGGUUAAAGAGAAGCAGAGGGCAGAGGUCAUCAUUGGCACCCCGAGGAAGCCCGGCGUCAUUAGGAAUGCAGGACAUCUCACUCCAGGGCAAAGUCCUCGCAUCUUCCCACAGACGAUGGCCCAAGAGCAGCCUACUCCGUCGAAGAAGGGGACAAAGCGAAAGUCGGACGCCCAGAUGGAUUUGUUCGGCAAAGUCGCAGCGAAAGCACCUGCAAAGAAGUCCCAACCCAAGAAGGCAACCGUGGGCAAGAGCAGAGCAAAGAAGGAGACCAAUGCAGAAAUUCCUGGUAUCAACGCUGUCUUCAAGGCGACUAAAAGAAGUGCCAAACUUGCGGGCAAGCCGUUGUCCAAGGCCACCAAGCCCGCUGCAACAUUCGUCAAGUCCGAAUACGACGCAAAGCUCCAGCCUGUGCCCAAAGAGAACGUUGACGACACAAUACAUGUUGGGAAGCGGCCGUAUACCCCCAGGAAAUCCAAGCUCACUGUCAUCAAGAAAGGCUAUCACAUGGCAGAACUGUCGGAUACAAACCAUCGAAACAAUCACGUACUCGAGCGUCCAGUGGUGGAAGGCUUCACACCAACAAGGAAUCGCACUGCUAGUGAUCAGCUACGCGAGGAGGAACUACAGAAGUUCGGAUUUGGCUGUUCACCAACGAGCAAUUCACGUCCUUCUACCGCAAGCUCUCAGAGGAACGAGAUUGUACACCCACCCUCCGUGCCUAAGAACAUGGGUCACAUUUUUUCUGAUUAGUAGCGAUCGCAUUGCCGGGUGUUUAAAGAGUUUCCCACUGUUCGCAGUUUAGGUUCGAAUGCGCAUUAGGUGUUUAGAGGUGGGGGGUUUUGUACCAGUAGUGCUCGUUCUUGACUUGCAUCUUUCAGUCCGAUUGUAUGAUACCCGAGUUGAUGGGUACAUUCUUCA